AUGGCUACAAGUGGUGGAGAAGAAGCGAUAGCACAGCGCAUUUUACGCAUUACAGAUAUUCUCCAGGAGCCGCUUGAAUUUAUCACACCCAUUGGUGGCUAUGAAGAAAUGCCACUUGUUCCACUGGAAAUAGCUGUUGAACCGCUUGUUCCUAUUCUACCAGCUGUUCGAAGUCAUGCCUAUGUUGCCAAACAACGAUCUGUUAAUGUUUUGAAUUCCAAUCAAUUUUUGGGAGCGAAAGGUGAUCGUACGAUGUUUACCUUACAGUGUCUAUCGGCUAAAGAUAUUCGUAAUCAUUCGUAUUAUCCAGCUGAAGACGAAGUACUUCUGAUGGCUGCUACUCAGUUCAAAGUAAUCGGUUGUCUUAAUCAAGGUGAUCUUCAUAUUAUUCAAUUGGAAGAGACUCCUCCACCGUUUCCACUCAUGCAACUAGUACCAGUUAUUAUCUCCCCGCCGAUCGAUCCAACUUCUUCGGGUAAGUGAAAAUCAAAACGAAAGAAUAUUCCACUUGAUAAAUAAUA